GAAAAUGAAAACCUAUAUUAAGGAUCUGGCAACGUGGAUUUGGGAAGAAAGAGAUGAUGUAAUGGCUUCCAACCAGACAUGUUGGCAAGAAGUGCUUGACGAUGUUUUGGAUCAUAUCAGGAAAUCUAGAACGUUUCCACGUUUCGUCAAACUUAAAACCAACGAGGAAAGAGUGGACUUCUGUUUAAAAGACGAAUAUGCCAAGGGAAAAGUACAACGAUGGGUGAAUACUUUGUGUUCCAGUCGUCAUAAGAAAUACUGGGAAAAAGCAUCAGAGUUGAGAGCAGAAGGAAAUUUAUGUUUUCAAAAUAGAGAAUAUGAAAAAGCUGUAGAAUUUUAUACUCAGAGUGUACUUGCAGCUCCUUUUCCUGAUACUUAUGAUGCUGGAAGCCACAUCGAAGAAUUAGCUGUAGGUUUUGGUAAUAGAUCAGCUGCUUUAUUUCAUCUUCAUAGAUAUAAGGCUUGUCUUCUUGAUAUUGAAAGGGCAUUUGAAUAUGGAUAUCCAAAAGAUUUGCGUGCCAAAUUGUAUCUUAGGAAGGGUCAAUGUUUGCUGAAAUUAGGACAGUCAAAAUUAGCCCAUCAAGCUUUUGAUGAAGCACUUCAACACCUGAAACAAGCUAAAGUAGAUGGUAAGAAAGCAGAACGUUUAAGAAAAGAGAUUGAAACUCAUAGGCAGGUUACAAUUACUGAAAGUGAAAAUGGGGAGACUCAAGAUGAUGAUGAUGACGAUGUUUUAAUUCCUACGCUGACUGCUGGUUCUCAUCCCACAAUUGCUUAUGCAUCUGCUGCUGUCGAUAUGAAAUAUAAUGAAGAACGUGGCAGAUACAUUGUUGCUAACCGUCCUAUUUCUGUUGGAGAUACAUUAUUUGUAGAACAACCCUAUGCUUCAGUUCUUUUACCUGCUCAUUAUAACACACAUUGCCAUCAUUGUUAUCUGCGAUUUCAAGCAGCAGUACCAUGCCACCAGUGUUCACAAGUACGAUAUUGUUCUGUAGCUUGUUGCAAGGAAUCUUGGGACAGAUAUCAUAAAUGGGAAUGUGGAAAUCUUGAUCUUUUACAUUCUGUUGGCAUUGCUCAUUUAAGUGUUCGUGUUAUAUUAGUUACAGGAUUACAAACAUUAGAAGAAUUUUAUGAUAGAACUUUGAUUCCACCUGAUAUCUCUGUACUACCUGGAUGUGAUAUGAAUGGCUUUUAUAAUAGUACAUAUAAUGCUGUUUAUCAUUUAUUGACUCAUACAGAACACAUGCAUGUUGAAGAUUUGUUUCAGUAUGCUUUGACGGCAGCUCUUCUUCUCAUACUCCUGGAAAAAAUGGGUAUUUUUUUGGCACGGACACAGCAACUCAUGUUGAGAGGCAUAGAUCUUAAAGAUCGCAUGGCUAGUACUCAUCUAUCUGACAAAGUUUUAGAACAGGAUUCUUCCCGUCCCGAUACACCGUCCAGUGGCAGAUCUCAAUCCCCAGCAUCCAUUUCUGAUUUUCGUCAGAGCCCCAUCAGUCACCCCAAACCACCAUCUCUGGAACUUUAUGUUGGAGGAUUAGUUUUACGUCACAUUUUACAAUUAGUUUGUAAUGCUCAUGCUAUUACUGAACUUCAGACAACACCUUACAUGACAGGAGGUGGAUCGGUGGGAACUCAAAGGCAAGUUAGAAUUGCAACUGCUAUAUACCCCACUGCUAGUCUGAUGAAUCAUGCCUGUGAUCCAACAAUUAUAUCAAGCUUUCAUAAAAAUACUUUAAUUAUUCGUGUUGUUAAAGAUGUGCCAACAGGAGCUGAAAUAUUUAAUUGUUAUGGUCCUCACUUUCGGAGAAUGGCUAGAGAUGAUCGCCAGAGAGCUCUGUUAGAACAAUAUUUCUUUUUAUGCAAAUGUGAAGCUUGUUGCAAUGAAGAUGAAAGAGAACAAAGAUUUCAGGCAUUAAAAUGUAAUUAUUGCGAUGGUCCACUCAGAGUUCCUGACGCAGCUAAUAAAGCAGCUUGCUUAGAUUGCAAUAAAGAACAAGAAUGCGCUGCACAAUUACAGAAAGUAUUCACUGCACAUGAUUUAUUUGUUCAAGGAUUACAAUUAACAGCAAAAGGAACAUACAAAGAUGCUCUAGAGAGAUUAAGACGGUGUCACAGAAUCAGAGAAAAAGUCAUGUAUUGUCAUAAUAGACAGUUAGCUGAGGUUCAAGAUCAGAUAGCUUGUUGUUAUGCUUCUCUAGGUCAGGCAUCCAUAGCAAUUGAUUAUUUGCGACCCACAUUAGCAACAACUGAAGCUAUAUAUGGUACCAAUAGUAUUGAACUAGCUAAUGAACUUCAAAAAUACUCAGAUUUGCUCAUGACUGCAAUACCACAAGUAAUUAAAGGAGGAAGUUCUGAAAUAGAAACAAGUGAGCUGAUCGAAGAAGCCCAUCAAGUAAUCGAGCGGGCUACUAAAAUUUUUUCUAUCCAUUAUGGCUCUCAUCAUUCCACAGUGAAGGAACUUUUGGAAAAGAAGGGCCACCUGGACGGAUUACAAUGAAUUUGAAUGUACACAAAUUCAUAUUUGUGAUCAAACUGCACAUUUUGCUCAUUCGGCUUGGCAGAGCAGAUCAAUCCCAAAGACGAAUUCAAUCAAAGCACAUGUCCAGUGGCCAAAGCUAUCAGAUUGGUUGCGCAAGUUACAUAAACAAUAGAAUACAAAGGAUACUCAAUUCCCUUCUCAAUAAGCAGCAAAUUGCUUGUGUUGUACAAAUACAUUUUUGCUUGCUACAGUCUGAAAAUAGAGAUCAUCUCAAAACAUCUUUGUAUUUUGGGAGAAAAUACUUCAUUUAUCUACUUUUACAACCAUCACUGCUAAUAUAUCAUAACUGCACUAUUCUGGCCAUGUUUCCAAAUAAUAUAAAACCAACCCAAAACAAUUUUUUUUAUAUUUAUUCAUUAGCUUUCUCUAAAAUAUGUAAGAUUACUUACUUCUAGAAUACUUUUUGCUAAGAUUGGAGACAGUAUUAAUGCUUUAUUCCUCUUAGAAUUUCUUGAUAAGCUUUGAAAGAUUGCACUGUCCUUAUAAAAUUCGUCAUACAAGAUGAAACAAAUGGCAUAUGAUAAGAAUUACUAUUUCUCAAAUAUUUCUCAACUUUUCAAAAUAUUUAAUUGAUUCUAUCAUAAACACAUUUAACUAUUUAAAUCUUGCAUCAAAUACAAACUUUUCUAAAAAGAAAUUUCAUUUCAUGUGGAAGUUAUGCCACAACUCAAACAUUUAAAAUCCUUUUUAUUUUACUUAAAAUCUUAAGAUUUUUUUUCUAGUGGAGGACAAAUGUCUUGUUUGUUUAUUGAAGAUUGUUUUAAAAAUAAAUAUGUUGAAAGUUGAUUUGUUGAUAGGAAAGAUAUAAAAAAUGUUUUUUAAAAUUUCUAUAUAUACAUGUAUAUAUAUAUAAAAUUGUUAUAUCAGAGAUACAAAAGUGCAAUACUACAUAUCAAGAUUAUCCUGACACUUUAUAUUUAAAUAUAUAUAUAUAUAUGUUUAUAACAUUAAAAAUUGUUUCCAAUAGCUUGUUAGGUUGGAAAAAGAGAUCAGUCUGCUUGAAAUGUUUCAUGAGAACAUUGUUCAGAAAGUUAUACAUUACAUUGUUAAAACAAUUAUUAAGCUAUUACUUGUUAGAAUUACUUAUUUCUGCACAAGAAUCCUUAUAGGUCUUAUUAGUUUUUUGCACCCUUACAAAAAUUUUAAGCUUUAGAAAAUAGAUAAACUCUACAUAGUUCAGUUUUAAUAGAAAAAUUUUGCUAUAUCUUUGCAAAAUUCCAGUUAGUAUAAUUUAGAUAAUACUUUAAACUAGAAUAUUUCAUAGGAAAAAAAUUAUAUUCCAACAUUAUUAGAGAAGUAGGAGAUAUUCUCUUCUCGGUGUGAAUUUUUGUCACUUUGCUGAUAUUCAAUUAUUGUAGGAAGAAAGGCAUUGCAGCAUUUUUAGCAAAUCAACAUUCCUCAUUCAGUCUAAAUUCAUUUAUAGAUUGACUGAUAUUUAAAAAAUGAAGUAAUUGUUUUACUGUUUUGUUAGUUAUUGUCAUAUUUUGAAAGGUCAUUUUUUUAGGAAGGUUUGUUAAUUGUUUUCUGUAGGUAUUUGGAUUGAUUUUUAUUGAGGUUUGGUUUUCUUUACACAAAUCAUCACUUUCAUAAAAUAAUACAAAGAUAUUUGCUCAAAGUAUUGUUUUCAAGCAACCGUGUCUUUAUUUUAUUUCAAUCUAGUAACUAUGAUUAUUUCUAGAGAAAGUGAAUAUAUCAGAAAAUUUUGUUGCGAGAUUUUAUUGGUCCCAACAAUGCCAUUUCCUCACGUCUGUGAUUUUCUCCGUCUUCCAAUUUUAUGCCUUAUUCAUUGUAUCAAUGAUUUGUCCGCUACGCUACUCGACAAAUUCACCCAUUGAUUAUUGCACCACACUCGGUCAUCGAUCUUUCAUUGUUUUAAAACAUCAUUUUCUGCCAUUUUCUCAUUAUUAUAUUGUUAUUUUGUGACACAUAUUCUUAUAUUUGUUGAAAUGCAUUUUAUAUAUAUUAUAUGUAAAUAUAUAUAAAUAUAUGUGUAUAUCUUUUCUUGUUCUAAAGUAUGACACUCAAAAAAGUUAAAUUUAAUAUUGUGUUUGUGAAAAUGACAGGUUUUGUUUAUACUCAAGUCAUAUUAUUAAAACAAUUCUAGCUUGGACCCACAAUAGCAAAUAUUUAUGAUCUCAUUUAUUUCUAGUCACUUGUAUUAUGUAAAAUUUCAAAUUUCAAGUAAGUAUAUUUAAUUUAUACAUGUUUAUGACACAACAAUGUUUCGAUAUUACCAAAUAACGUGACAAAUGGUCACCCUUGUAGAAAUAUUUUGAAAAUGUCCUCCUGCUUCUUACAAUUUUUUUUAAGUGGAUGAAAAAUAUUUAUUUUGAAAAAUGUAAAAUCAAAUAAUUAUGUAGUUUUUAAAGACAGAGUUUUAAUUUUUUUUUUCUUCUUUUUACAUUGCAACCUGGUAACUAAGCAAUAAAGUUUACAUCAAUAGCA